GCCAGCCCGGCCGCGCCGCCGCCCCUGACGGCACCGCCAACUUUUUCCUCGGCGGGGGGCUCGGCAGCGCGGCGGGGCCGGGCGCUCGGGGCGGUUUUAUAGUGUUUUAUUCCCCCCCUUCCCCCCGCUCCUCGCCGCGGUGGCGUCGCGGGCGAGGCGGCUUCACCUGUCGGGACUGAGCAUGCGCGGUUUGGAGCGCGAUGCAAGACUAGAACGGAGCCGCCGGGCAGCCGCGACUUCGCCGGGCUUGAUGCCGCCGCCGCUUCGGACGCCGCUCCCCGUCAGGAACCAGCUCCCGCCCGCGGCUCCCCUCGGCCGGGCGGCGCCUUCCGCAGAGCCGGGGGCUGCGCGGAGCCGGGCAUGAGCGGGCGGGCGGCGGCGGGGCCGAGCCGUGCCCCGCUGUCCCCUCAGCGGGGACCGGGCGGGGGCAGCGCGGCCGCGCUCCGCUCCUCGGCGGGGCGGCGCCGCCCGGCUCUGCCCUGAGGGGGCCCGGGGGAGGCGCAGCCGGGGGGAGCCGCGCAGCUGGGGGGCGAUGAGGAGGGCGGCGGGGCGGCGGCGGCGGGGCGGCGGGGCGGGGCGGGGGCUCGGCGGGGCUCUGUAGGACGCCGGCGCCCCGCACACCCACCAUGGAUCUGCUGCCGGUGGGGAACACGAGCCUGGGCUCCCCCAACGCGAGCCUGGCGCCGGCCCCCUCCUCGCCCCUCCUGAAGCCUCCGUCCCCCUACUCGCCCGCCGCCGUGGCCAGCCUGGCGGCGGUGGUGGGCUUCCUCAUCGUCUUCACCAUCGUGGGCAACGUGCUGGUGGUGAUAGCUGUGCUCACCAGCCGGGCGCUGAGAGCCCCCCAGAACCUCUUCCUGGUGUCCCUGGCCAGCGCGGACAUCCUGGUGGCUACUCUGGUCAUGCCUUUCUCCUUGGCCAACGAGCUUAUGAAUUACUGGUACUUCGGCAAGGCGUGGUGUAACAUUUACCUGGCGCUGGAUGUGCUGUUCUGCACCUCCUCCAUCGUCCACCUGUGUGCCAUCAGUCUCGACAGGUAUUGGUCGGUCACGCAGGCGGUGGAGUACAACCUCAAACGGACCCCCCGGCGGAUCAAGGCCAUCAUCCUCACUGUCUGGCUCAUUUCGGCUGUCAUCUCCUUCCCACCAUUGAUCUCCAUGUACCGGGACCCUGAAGGAGAUGUCUUUCCCCAGUGCAAGCUCAAUGAUGAGACGUGGUACAUCCUUUCUUCUUGCAUUGGCUCUUUCUUUGCCCCCUGCCUCAUCAUGGUGUUGGUCUAUAUCCGCAUCUACCGUGUGGCCAAGCUAAGGACCAGGACCCUCUCUGAGAAGCGUACAAUGCCAGAGGGGUCCUCCCAGACUGAGAAUGGCUUGAGCCGUGCUGCUGGGGGCUGCACAUCCCUGAGGAUGCAGCUGGGAGAGAACGGACAUUAUUCAGUGCACCACUGGCGAAAAGCCUCUGAGCUGGAGGACAUUGAGCUGGAGGAGAGCAGCACCUCAGAGAGCAGACGGAGGCGGAGCCGGGAGGAGCAUCCCCGCAAAAGCAGCAAGAGCCAGUCCUUCUCCUACUCAUAUUCCUCCAAGCACUCUAGUAGCCGUCUGUCCCGCUCUAGCAACCGUUCCAUGGAAUUUUUCUCAUACCGCCGUCGCCGGAAGCGUAGCAGCAUCUGCCGUAAGAAGGUCACCCAGGCCCGGGAGAAACGUUUCACUUUUGUGCUGGCUGUGGUCAUGGGGGUCUUUGUAGUUUGCUGGUUCCCUUUCUUCUUCAGCUACAGCCUCUACGGUAUUUGCCGGGAGGCAUGUGAGGUCCCUGAGACUCUCUUCAAGUUCUUCUUCUGGAUUGGGUAUUGCAAUAGCUCCCUCAACCCAGUCAUCUACACCAUCUUCAACCAGGACUUCCGCAGGUCCUUUAAACACAUUCUCUUUAAGAAGAAGAAGAAGAACUUCCGGCAUUGAGCUGGAGGGAUGGAUUUGCCUUGAGCAGAAGUGGAGUUAAAAGAGAAAGAAAAGGCUCUGUGCUGAAAAAGAAGGGAGGGAAGAGGACAUGGGGAUGGGGCAGAGAGAAUAGGACGAGGGCUUGUCCCCUCACUGGUGCAGAAUGGUGGUGUGGGGUAUGGGGAUGGUGUCGGGGAGGCUGAGUGCAUUCACCGUGCUGCGGAACGGCGACAUGGUGCUGGAGGAGCUGUGCUGGGGUGCAGAUAGGUAAGCAGAGCGGGGAAGGAUUGUCUUUGAGCCCUGACAGGAGGCACAGGGAAUCCACAGAGGAAAAUGGUUUAAGACACUGAGUUUGGCAGGCAUUGAGCUUAUAGGGGCUCUGGAAAUUUAUGGGAAAACAAGCAGAGGCAUCAAGUGGAAAGGAUUAAGUGGCAGUGGUGGUGGAAUAGCAGAUCAGAGUAUUUAUAAACAGAGCAACUGGGGCUUGUGGUGGGCUUGUCCCAGUAAGAAAUUGGCUUUUGCUGCUUAUUUGGGGAAAGGUGCUAGGUACCAGGCACUGGCAGUCUUUUGAGUUAUGAAAGAAUUUAAAUGUUUGCCAAAAAAAAACCUAAAGAACAAUCCAAACUCUUUUCUAAAUAAACCUUUGUACUGUUAAAACCUUCUGAAUGAUGAUUUUACACAGGGCUUAAGUCAAGCAUGGGGUUUUCUUUUUAUUUAUUUAUUUUUAUUUUUUUUUGAGGGAUCUUUGCAUAUAGAGCUGGGGAUGGGAAAUGUUUUUCCUAUCUUCCUGUGAUUUUUGAUGUGUCAGUGGGACAAACCUGGGAGUCUUGCGUAUUUUCAUGGAAUAAGAAAAAGAACACAUGCAUCCCAUGACCUUAUUUCCCCCUGUCAGAUCGCCAGGCAGUAAAUUGAUACUCCAUCAGUCUCAGAUCAGUGGCUUAAGCACCUUACUAUCCUGCAGCAGGUAGCUUGUUUAAGACAAGAAUUCUGUCCUAAACCAACUUCCAUUAAAACAAAAUCAUUUGGGUGAAAUGAACUAACAUUUUCUGAGGUUAAAGAAAAAUGACAAAUUUCCAGCUAGCUCAACUUGCAUGUUCUCUGGGGAGCUUUCUGCCCCUCAAAAGCCUGAUCUCAGGGGCAGGAUGGAUGCUGCUCUUAUUCUCAGACAGGCAGUCAGGCACUCUGCUAUGGAGAUUUUCAGAGGAAGAGCAAUCACCACACCACUGAGGUCUUUAAAAUCUUUGUAUUUAUGGUCUUAUAGCAACUAAAUCCUUUAUACAUAUAUAUAUACACACACACACACACAUAUAUAUAAAUGAGGAGCAUACAUUUCAGGUUGUCAAUGAUUUGUGUGAACACAUCUCAAAAUGAAGGUGCAGCUGUUCCAAACCUUUAAUAUUAAUGCUGCCUUCUUUCCCUUUUCCUGUCUGCAUUUUUUGGGGGUUGGGGGGGGGGGGGGAAUGUUUGAAUAGUUAUUAUUAUAGCAAAUUGCAUUUCCCAGGGAUUUAUUAAAUGUCAUAAACUGUAAUGAGGAGAAUGAGAGUCAGGGGCUGGUGUCUCUACAUUCCUCACUGAAUGCAUACUGAGUGUAAGACUCAGCUGAACAUUUACAUCCCUUCUCCAGCUGUGCUGCUGCAAGGUGUGUAUUCUGUUUGCAGGGGUAAAUACUGUUCCAUUUUGUUAUGUGUAUCACUCCUUCCAUAGGCAGUACAAUUUGGCAUCUGCCUCAUAAGAACCUUUCCAUGGUAAACAGCUCUUUGAAAAAUAGAACGAAAUCUGAUCUAAUACAGCAGGCUGCUUGAAACAGCUACAUCAAAUUUAUACCUGGAAAUCAUUAGAUACACCCUUCUUUAAUCCCUCUCUUCUGCCUGAAAAGUGUCUAGCCUCUUUUUUCUUGAAAUCUCUACGGCAAAAGUAUAAAUGAUAGAGCAAUCACUUUGGUUGUUUCGUCAGUUUUUCAUUCAUUUCACUUAAACCUGGAAAAAAAGCAAGUUGUCGGUGGUUACUAUUCUGGUGUUAAUUGAAUAAACAAUUUAACUUCAGGGCCAACUCAAGUGGGAGUUCUGCCUAAGUAAGGAUGAAUGCACCAAGUGCAUCUGAAAUUAGCUUAAUUUCACUAAAGAAACAACAGACACUUUCAAAGUCUUAAACCCGUAACUUAUUGGAUGCUUUCUUGGAAAUAAGGCUUGGAGCUGUAAAAAGAUUUGAGGCAUAUUAAAACUUAUUUUCAGGACUGUCCCUUUGGAAAUUGCAAAUGUUUUGGUACAAGCAUGUACCUGAGACAAAUAUGACAAAAAAUAGUGACUGACCGAGAGGAGGAAACUAUAAGCCAUUUUCUCUUUUGUAAAAUGGAGAAUUCUUUUUAAACUGACAUCAAGAAGAGCUGAGAUAAGCUCAGAUUGUUUGUAAGUAAUGACGUAGCUAAAAAGUUCAGGUUUGUUUAAUCUGAAUAAACUAUAUAAUUGCCAGAGCAACCAAAGCAACAUAUGGUACAUAGCUACUACCUCUGAGCUACUCGACGGCUUCAUUAGAGAUACCCAUUCCUAACGGGAUAAGGGUCUGUUUUUGUCACUUAAUGCUCAUUCAGAGUGGUUUCCCAGUCUGCAGACACACAGGAGUUUCACUGUUGCACUGCUUUUGAAAUAUGAUUUGUUGCCUGUAAGAACAAUCCUUCCCCUUUGUUUUUCCUCAUAAAAUUCAAGGAGUCUAUGGAAAUGAAAUUUAAUUGACAGAUUUAAGAGGAGGUGAAGUAUGUAAGGAAUGGCUGAUGUGCCUUAAAAGUAGUUUCUUUGCUAUAAAAUUAUUCUGUAAUUAUCAUAAACAUAAAGGAAAUAAUGCUUCUAUUUUUCUUUUGCCUUUCAAAAUGCCUGAAAAGGGAUUGAUUCAGAUACUGAACAUCUAUGUACAGCAACAUACUUAAAAACAGGGCAUUUUCUGUGGUUUUAAUUUGUUUCUCGUCAUAGCUACUCAUCUGAUUCAAUGCCUCCAGAGGAUCUUAUUUCUUCUGAGCUAGUUAAAAAGUAAUAUUCAUCAAUAAAGAUGUGCAGUAUACACCCCUUUUAAGUGCAUUUCCCUCUAAAUUAGUGAAUACAGAGGAUUUCUAUAAAUAUUGUUUCUAAUGUAACUACUGAAUAUGCUUCAAGGAAGUAAAAUGGGGCUGAUUUAUUUUUUUAAUUAGUGUUCUCUUAUUACUUGUAAUAGCUGAAGACUGGAAUUUGUAAAAUGUCGUGUGUUGUUAACAUUUCAUAAAAAGUUAUCAGCUCUGCAAGUCACACUGUGGUUGUGCUUCCACUGUAAGUUGGCUAAUAGCAUUUCCAGGAAAAAUACAGUCAAUGAAGGUUUUACUAAGAAAAGGGGAGAAGAUAUUUUAUGUUCUGAAUGUGUCCAAUUGUAUCUCUGAUCAUAUCUGAUAAGCUGGUUGAAACACUCACUCUUUUUUCUCUACUAUUGUGGAAGAACGAAAUGUUACUAUAAAGCCAUAUUGAUUUUAACAAGCA